AUGGCAGAUUUGGCCUCCCCUGGCUCAAGCUACAGUCUCCACCCAGCCACCCAGAACUCUCACUUUGAUGAGUCAUCAGUCCAGCUAAGUAGUGGGUUCAUAGCCGUGGUGGUGGAGCCCAGCGGUGAGGAUUGGGUCUCCUUGGAAAGUGUCAGCAGUCUUUGGCCCCCAGACAAGAACCAGAUCCUCACAUUGAUUUUUAGAGGAUGUAUCUUCUCGGGCACUAGCUAUGUCCUAAGGGAUUUCCAUCUUUCCAUAUUAUUUCAAAUCAGAUUCACUUCUUUUUAUUUUUUUUUAUUCACAGGAUUGCCAGGCACUGCUCCAGACCUAGAAAAAAGAAAGCAGAUUUUUGGGCAAAACUUUAUACCUCCAAAGAAGCCAAAAACGUUCUUGCAGCUAGUCUGGGAGGCGCUACAAGAUGUGACUCUCAUUAUCCUGGAAAUUGCAGCCAUUAUCUCUCUGGGGCUUUCAUUUUACCAUCCUCCUGGAGAGGGGAAUGAAGCGUGUGCAACAGCCCAGGCUGGGGCCGAAGAUGAAGGGGAGGCAGAAGCUGGCUGGAUUGAAGGGGCCGCCAUACUUCUAUCAGUUAUCUGUGUCGUUCUUGUCACUGCCUUUAAUGACUGGAGCAAGGAGAAGCAGUUCCGGGGUCUGCAGAGCCGAAUUGAACAGGAGCAGAAGUUUACUGUGGUCCGGGGAGCACAGGUGAUCCAGAUUCCAGUGGCAGAGAUCGUGGUUGGUGACAUUGCCCAGGUAAAAUACGGUGACCUACUUCCUGCUGAUGGGAUCUUUAUCCAAGGCAAUGACCUUAAGAUUGAUGAAAGCUCCCUAACUGGAGAAUCUGACCAGGUCCGCAAAUCAGUGGACAAGGACCCCAUGCUGCUUUCAGGGACUCAUGUGAUGGAGGGCUCUGGCAGGAUGUUGGUCACUGCUGUGGGAGUGAACUCUCAGACUGGCAUCAUCUUUACCUUGUUGGGAGCUGGUGGUGAAGAAGAAGAAAAGAAAGACAAGAAAGGUGAGCCCAAAGUGGAUGGCCCUCAGCUUCCAGCUACAGAUGGUGCAGCAGGUGCAAAUACCAUCGAUAAUGCAAAUUCCAGCUUAGUCAAUGGUAAAAUGCAGGAUGGCAAUAUGGACACCAGCCAGAGCAAAGCCAAGCAGCAGGACGGGGCAGCGGCCAUGGAGAUGCAGCCUCUGAAGAGUGCCGAAGGGGGAGAUGGGGAUGACAAGAAGAAGGCCAACAUGCACAAGAAAGAGAAGUCGGUCUUGCAGGGGAAACUCACCAAGCUGGCUGUGCAAAUAGGCAAGGCAGGCCUUGUGAUGUCUGCCAUUACUGUGAUCAUCCUGGUGCUCUACUUCACUGUGGACACCUUCGUGGUGAACAAGAAGCCUUGGCUGCCCGAGUGUACUCCAGUCUAUGUGCAAUACUUUGUCAAGUUCUUCAUUAUCGGGGUGACUGUGCUGGUGGUUGCUGUGCCUGAAGGGCUCCCCCUUGCUGUCACUAUCUCUUUGGCUUACUCUGUGAAGAAAAUGAUGAAGGACAACAAUCUUGUACGCCACUUGGACGCCUGUGAGACAAUGGGCAAUGCCACAGCUAUCUGCUCUGACAAGACGGGGACGCUGACCACCAACCGCAUGACUGUGGUGCAGGCAUACAUUGGGGAUGUCCACUACAAGGAGAUUCCAGAGGCCAGUGCCAUCAACUCCCAAACUCUGGAGCUGCUGGUGAAUGCCAUCGCCAUCAACAGUGCUUACACCACAAAGAUUCUGAGUGAUCUGGUGAAAGCAGAAUCUUCAGGCAGCCACUUGCAGAUACACCAGGUCAUCACUGUCCAACCAUACCAGGUUGGUUCCCAGGAUAAACUUAAUAACUUCCUGAAAGGUGGAGGGUUUGAACUUAAAAGUUGUACCCGCUGGGAGCUUCUCCUCACCCUGGUGUCCAAGAUCCCCUGCACUGCCACCCUCACGGUGAAGAGGACGUUGGUCAACCCCUCCUACCACGUUCACUUGACUCAAGGCUCCGGCUCCUGGUGUGGGAUCUUGGGAGGGGUUGAAGACUCGCCCCCUAUCCUGACUCCGAGGGGCGAUUUUACAACCCUUCCCACGAUUCUGCUACCAAACCCAAAGACAAACUUCGCCUGCUUCACAAUUGCCCUGAGUAGUGUGUUUGAUGAUGGGAAGAACUACACCUGGAGACAUUUUUGUCUUGGCUUCAAUCCUCUGCAGGUCCCAGAAGCCAUAAGGAAGUGCCAGCGAGCAGGAAUCACUGUCCGCAUGGUCACUGGGGACAAUAUCAACACUGCCCGGGCUAUUGCCAUCAAGUGUGGCAUCAUCCAUCCUGGGGAAGACUUCCUCUGCCUCGAGGGGAAGGAGUUCAACCGGCGAAUCAGAAAUGAGAAGGGAGAGAUUGAGCAGGAACGAAUAGACAAGAUCUGGCCCAAACUACGGGUCCUCGCUCGCUCCUCCCCCACGGACAAACACACUCUUGUCAAAGGCAUUAUCGACAGUACUCACACGGAGCAGAGACAGGUCGUGGCUGUGACUGGGGAUGGGACCAAUGAUGGACCAGCCCUGAAGAAGGCAGAUGUUGGCUUUGCUAUGGGAAUCGCCGGUACUGAUGUUGCCAAGGAAGCUUCGGACAUCAUUCUGACGGAUGACAACUUCAGCAGCAUUGUCAAGGCAGUGAUGUGGGGCCGCAAUGUUUAUGACAGCAUCUCCAAGUUCCUGCAGUUCCAAUUAACUGUCAACGUGGUAGCUGUCAUUGUGGCUUUCACGGGUGCUUGCAUCACACAGGACUCUCCCCUAAAAGCUGUACAGAUGUUGUGGGUGAAUCUCAUCAUGGACACCUUUGCCUCCCUGGCCCUGGCCACAGAGCCACCGACAGAGUCCCUUCUGCUGCGUAAGCCAUACGGCCGCAACAAGCCGCUUAUUUCCCGCACCAUGAUGAAGAACAUCCUAGGCCAUGCAGUCUACCAGCUCACACUGAUCUUUACCCUUCUCUUUGUUGGUGAGAAAAUGUUCAUGAUUGACAGUGGACGCAACGCUCCUCUCCACUCUCCUCCCUCUGAGCAUUAUACCAUCAUCUUCAAUACCUUCGUCAUGAUGCAACUGUUCAACGAAAUCAACGCCCGGAAGAUCCACGGGGAGCGCAAUGUGUUCGAUGGCAUCUUCAGGAACCCCAUCUUCUGCACAAUUGUAUUGGGCACCUUUGCCAUUCAGAUAGUCAUUGUGCAGUUCGGGGGGAAGCCAUUCAGCUGUUCUCCUCUUCAGCUUGACCAGUGGAUGUGGUGUAUAUUCAUUGGACUAGGAGAGCUUGUCUGGGGACAGGUCAUUGCUACCAUCCCAACCAGCAGGCUAAAAUUUCUGAAGGAAGCAGGACGGCUCACUCAAAAAGAGGAGAUCCCUGAGGAAGAACUCAAUGAGGACGUGGAGGAGAUUGAUCAUGCUGAGCGAGAACUCCGACGUGGCCAGAUCCUGUGGUUCCGUGGCUUGAAUAGAAUCCAAACUCAGAUCCGUGUCGUGAAGGCAUUCCGUAGCUCUCUCUAUGAAGGUUUAGAAAAACCUGAAUCUAGAACCUCCAUCCAUAACUUCAUGACUCAUCCUGAAUUUAGGAUAGAAGACUCGCAGCCCCAUAUCCCCCUCAUUGAUGACACCGACCUGGAAGAAGAUGCCGCUCUCAAGCAAAAUUCGAGCCCGCCGUCGUCCUUGAACAAGAACAACAGUGCGAUCGAUAGCGGGAUCAAUCUGACCACUGACACGAGCAAAUCAGCUACCUCUUCGAGCCCAGGGAGUCCUAUACACAGCCUGGAGACAUCGCUUUAGCGGGAAACAUUCACAUCUCAAAACAAAACAAAAAUAUACAAAACAAAACAAAAAAAACCACAAAAAACAAACAACAACAAAAAAAAAACCAUCGCCACCACCAACUCAGAACGAACCAACCCAGAAAACUCAACCAUGAAACAGCACCAAGAAAACACAAAUAAAUAAAAUGGGAGAGAACUAGAUCUCCACCCAAUAGAACCUCUCUCUGGCUGAGAAGCUGUUUGAGCUCUUUGUCCCUUGGAGGCAAGUGACCGGAUCCCUGAUGGGGGUUCUUGGGAGUGAGCGAUUGCCCAAUGUGCCCUUCCUCGCUCCCGCCCAAACACAGACCAAACCCACCCAACCACCUUCCUGCAUGGACGUACUGUACACUUCCGCUCCUUCUCUUGUUUAUUAUUUUUUUCCUUAGGCAGGAACUGAAAAAAGAAAAAAAAAAGACUCCUUUCUGAGGCUUAUUUAUCCAAUUCACUGGUCUGUGAGUUUUUUGAACUGCUUGUGUGGCAUGGUCUCAGUUGUAGAGAUUAAUUUAAAUAACUUUUUGAAAUUCGCGGGAGCUUAACUUGCACAGUAGGGUUCUACCAAUGGGACAAAAGAACUUCAUAGACACUAAUGAGAUUAUUAUGUCCAUUUCUUUGUAUCUAUAUUAACGUAUACCUCAUCGAGAAUGUAUACGUCCAUAUAGAUAGGUAGAUAUAUAUGUAUAUCUAUAUACAUGGAUAUAUAAAGGUUUUUUUUUUUUUGCUGGCAUGUUGCCUUGUUUUUGCUUAAAUUGCUCUAUUUUAACUUAUUUAUGUCUUAAAAGAAGAAUGUAAUUUGUUUACAAACCUGUAGAUAAACGUCCUUCACUAUUUGUAGGGUUAAGAACACUUCCUGCUGAGAGAGUAUAAAGACUGCUCAGCUCAUCAGAUACUCCUCUCAGAUUGCAUCCUCGAUGUUUUACGACCGCUCGGCUCUGAUUUUUUGCCUGCUCUUUUUUUGUUCAGUAAUGUAGCUCCUGCUGGUGAAUGACAAAAAGAAGCCAAAAUAUAACAUAUUGGAUGUAGGAAUGUGUUCCACAGACAUGGGGUCGUGGGACUGGAAGCUUGACUCUGUUGGGGGGUGGGAGGGGGAAACCAACACCAUGUGCAACAAUCAGGUUUAUUUUUUGUAAAAAAUAAAUAAUAAAUAAAUCACUAAAUUGCUCAGCCCGGUUUCAGUAUGCCCCUCACAGGCCAGAGGC